AUGAGCCCUUGGCUAGACUCGCACUACUGGCCAAAGACAUUCAAGACGAAUGUUUUCGGUCUGCUCAACGGACUGGAUGCUAUGUUGUCAUUGCUCGUUGUCUCACAAUCAAAAUCGCCCAAAUGUACCAUCGCAACUGACUCGAAGCAAGUUAUCACAAACGCGCUAGGUGAAAACAUACUGCACGCAUAUAAUGCUUUCAAGGCGGCGAUUAAGAUAAUCCCUGAGCAUCUUGCCCAUGAUCUUCGCUCUAAGCCAUCGACAAUACAUAUCUCCGUCCACUUGCUCAUUCCAUAA